AGGCACAAAUGUGUUUUAUAUCAAACAAUCAACCCAAAAAAAAGUCGCAAAUCUGAAAUUUCUUUCGUCUCUCAAAACAAUUGGCAGUUCUUAGCGAAAUAAAGAACAUUUUUUCGGUUUCAUUACUUUGGGGUCUAUAUGGAAAAAUUGGACCGGCCAGUUAAUCGAAGCUGGUUUGGUGAGGGUGAAAUUGUAGAUGCAGAUUUAUUGGUGGAUCUUCUCGAGACCUAUAGAUUUGGUAAAGAUAAUGUUCCCGCCGAUAAAAUUCGAUUCAAGGCAGUGGCGCCGGCGAACAACACCACCGAGUUGCAGGAUGAAGAGGACGAUGGUGAAUCUCAAGGUCUCGUAGGAAACACGUCUGUCCAUGAAAGCGCAGCAUCGGUAUCUUCCAAUUCAGAUCCAAUAAUACUAGAUACCAUGAGCGAAACCGGUUCAAACGAAGAAACCGAUUUUAAUUGGUUAGAGUCGAACUCCACAAACUUACCGAAUGUAGAGAACGAAAGGCAACAGAACGCAGAAGAAGGUGAGAUAGAAGAAGAAGAAGAAGAAGGUGAGAUAAAAGAGGAAGAUGAAGAACUAGAAGGUGAGAUAGAAGACGAAAAAGAUGAAGACCGCGAGAGGUCAUUAUCAGAGUCAGACCUAGAGAAGUUGCUUGCGAUGCAAGAAAAAUACGAGCUUUACUGUCCAAGCUGUAGCUCGUGUAUAACCAGAAAUGUGAUCGUCAAGAAAUGGAGUCAUGAGAAGCUCGUUGAUUUACCUGCGGAUCUGAAACCCAAUGUACCGGUUGUUAAUGGAUCAAGCGACAUUCAUGUCGCUGAGACACAUAUUGGGAACGAUGAUCAAGAAGAUAAAGAGGAGGGUUAUAUCCUUACUUGCUUGGCCUGUCUAAAGGACUUCCUCCGGUUAGGAGCCAGGUUCUUACGACUUGAUUAUGCUAGGGGGAAACCGGUUGAGGAGCCAGUUGAAGCACAGUUAGAGGAAAUGAAGAGUAGUAACACCACAGAAUUACAGCCUCAUAGUAAACCGUACCGAGACAGAUUCGCCGUUGAGUUAUUGAAGAGCACCGUCUACGGCGGUCUCACCGAGACCAUCACCAGCCUCGGCGUUGUAUCUUCCGCCUCUGCCUCCGGAUCCUCCACCGGGAAUAUCUUGGCUCUUACGGUCGCAAAUUUGGCUGGUGGACUCAUCGUCCUCGCUCAAAACCUUCAAGAUCUAAGAAACAAUUCAGAGCAAGAAAAAGAUCGAUACGAGGAAUUGUUGGGGAGACGUGCUAAUUUCCGAAUGCAUAACUUAGUUGCGGUAUUGUCUUACAUUCUCUUCGGCCUAAUUCCUCCUUUGGUUUACGCAUUUUCCUUCUACGAAACCGGAAUCAAGAAUUACAAGCUCGUCUCGGUUUUCUCGGUUUCUCUGGUUUGUGUAAUUCUGCUCGGUAUGAUCAAGGUUUAUGUCCGCAAGCCUCCCUACGUACGUGAAUCGCCUAAAUCUUAUCUCAGUUCUGCGGCUUAUUAUACGUCUAUCGUUGUUGCCUCUUCCGGGAUUUCAUACGUUGUCGGAGAUAUUAUGGGAAAGUAUAUUGGGAAGCUCGGUUGGUUUAGUUUAGACCGGGUCGGCAUCACUUCACCAUUCGAUGGAACUAAACCAGAGGAAUAUCGGUUUACUUCCUUUUAAUGUCGUGAAAAGGAGGAUCUGUGAACCGGUCAGACCAGCGUUGUAUAUUUCUGUUUAAUCACUAAAUCUAUUUUUCUUUCUUUUGGUAUAUGCAAAGUGGACUUUUAAAAUGUUAAAAGUUAAAACUAACUCUAUUCUUGGAUAAUUGGAUUAAAUGAUCUUCAAUCGCCGAGGUUUAUAUAUACUAGUUACUACUGCGUGUACAAUAUAUUUUAUUUUAUUUUUA